CAAAAUUUAGAGGGGGGACAAAUCCCUAGCAGCAUGUUGCCAUCAUUCCUCUUGCAGAAGCGGAGCAGCUUUCUGCCAUGCAGCAUGCUCUGAAAUCCAGCAUCAGAGGGGAAUGAAAACUCUUUCCCAAACCCCGUUGUGGGCAUGCCAGAAAGAAGAGGACACGAACAUGGAUGCUCAGAGCGCAUUCCCACGUGGAGAAGCAGCAGCCCUCGUGGAGGCAUUCUCUGACUCAGCAGAAAUUGCUGGAAAGCGUUUGCUCGGGGAUGAAAGCUGCAGUGCACCAGCAAAGUGGAAGGUCCGAAGGCAAGCAGUGGUGUGAGGCUUCGCUGGGAGCCAGCGUGCAUUACCCCGGAGAGGGCAGUGACUGAGAGCUCAGGCUCCGCAUGUUCCCGUUCAAGCGAGGAGAGCGAAGACGAUUUCAUCCCAAAUUAAUGCCUCAAAGAGGAGGCAGCCUCUGACAUUAAUCGGUGUGUACGCGGUGACUCAUCCCGUCUGCAGGAGCGACGCGAGGUCUGGGCAGCAUCCGCGCUUCUGGUGGAGACAUCAAAGAGCAACACGGGAGCGAUCAAGUGACGGGCAGGCAGGAGAAGCAGCGCCGCGGUAGGAUGGAACUGAAGAAAUUGGGGGGACACCACCCCGAGUUCCCCCAAACCCCCAGAGCUGGGGUAUCCGGACACCAGGGAGCUGCCCUUGGGAGCAGACACGGGACAGGGGGGUGGAGGACGAGAGCGUGGUGGGUGCAGAAUGGAUUUGGACCUUGUUAAUCACUUAACCUGCAGCCAGAUUUGUUGGUGUGUGCUUGCAGGGAUCCUGGGGAUCCGUACCCAGGGUGAGGGCUGUGUCCCCAGCACAUCCCAAUGAUGUGCAGUGAUGUGCUGCCUCACCAGCAGCAGGCACUGAGGAUGUUUUGGGGCGAAACACCCCGACUGCAGCACCGUAGAGGAGGGGUGUUCAUCCAUCCAGUGCCACUGAGCUGGAGAAGAGCCCCUGGGGGGGGAUAAGGAAGGUGUCCCCGCAGUGUCAGGACACCCCACAGCAUCGGGACACCCUGUCCCUCAUUUCACAGCAAUGCCUGCAGCCGUUUCCGACUCAAGGCUGCCGCAGGCAGCUGCCACACACCCCAGGGGCCUCCUUUCCCAUUCCUCCCUCUUCCUGAAUCAGGCUCUGCGAGGAAGGACAGCCCCUCCGUGUCCGUCUGCGUGGAAGUGGAAAACCCACAGCAGCACGGGAGGGGUCUCCCGCAACCCCCCAGCACCCUUGGGACCGCUGCUGGCUGCAUCUCCCCCCUUUUUUUCCCUUCCCACCCAAGCAAUGGCGAUGCCCAGAGCUGGCCCCAAAACAACGGGGCCACGGGGCGAGGCGGUUCCCGGUGCUGCCGGGGCGGUGCCGGUGCCCGGGGCGGUGCUGGUAGGGGUUAGGCGGAGCGGUGGUGGAGCUCCCGUGGGUGCCCCAUGGGGUGCUGAGGGUUGCCCAUGGCUGUCGGUGUGGGGUUGCUGUUGAUGGCCGGUUCUUUCGCCGCUUUCCGCUUGUUGAACCGGGGCUUGGAGCGCUUGGUGCCGCCGCCUCCUUCGGCUCAGCGCAACCGCUGGAAGUGGCGAAACAUCUGGACCUCGUUGGCACACAGCGUGCUCAGCAGCAGCGGGGCGCUGCUGGGGUUCUACCUCUACCCAGGGCUGCACGAGGACAUGGUGGGCACGCAGCCGCCCGGGGCGCGCAGCUUGGUGGCCGUGUCCGUAGGGUAUUUCCUGGAAGACUUCGUGGACAUGCUGUGCAAUCAGAAAUUUCACCAGUCCUGGGAGCUGCUCUUCCAUCACUCCGUGGUGAUUGUCUGCUUCGGUAUCGCGGUGCUGCUCCAUCAGUACAUGGGCUUCGCCUUCGUGGCCUUGCUGGUGGAGAUCAACUCCAUCUUCCUCCACCUGCGGCAGAUCCUGCUCAUGGCCGACCUGGUGCACACCACCUGCUACCGCCUCACCAGCAUCGUCAACCUGGGCACCUACGUGGUGUUUCGCAUCACCACGCUGGCCUGGAUGACGCGCUGGCUGCUCCUCAACCGGCAGCAAGUGCCCCUAGCAGCCUACACUGUGGGCGUGGUGGGCAUGGCAAUCAUGAUGCCCAUGAACAUCAUCCUCUUCUACCGCCUGCUGCGUAGUGACUUCUUCAAGUCCAGCCGGGACGUGCGGCGGGAGAAGGAGAAAUAGCUCCCUUCCCUGCAGGCCCCAGGGGAUGAGCAGCUGUGAGCCCGUGGAUGAGGACGGCAGAGAGCUGUGGAGUGUGAGCAUGAUUAUUUCAGUGUCUUGCUUGGAGGGGCUGCACGGACAGAGCUUCUGGGCUUGUGGCUGCGGACGCUGGGCAGAGAAGGUGCUCAUGGACUAGGCACUGGGGCACUUCGGAUGAUGUGGUUGGAUGACCUGAGCUGCACAGAGAAGCCCCAAGGGCUCUCACAGCUCCACAAAGCACUGCUGAAAUGAGAAGGGAGCAGGGAGCACCAUUUCCCUGCUGCUCUUCUGGACAUACAAACACCACCGUGUGUUUAUAACCCUUUUGGAGCUGCACCUGCAGCAUCCCAACACCCCGGGGGACACUGCACUCAGUCCUCUGCUGUCUCUGGCACUUCCCAUGGGAGCACCAAGGCUUCACCCUCAAGGCCAGGGCCAGUAAAAGCCAAAUCCUACACUCAUGAGUCCUCCCCAAGGAGAUUGUCCCAGGUGGGUAAUGGAGGGAGAGGCUUAGGCUGUCCGUGUCAGAUGCUGCCUGCUGCAGGUUCUGGGGUGGGAGAAGUGGAGCAGCAGAACUGUGCUCGGGGACAGGCUGCUGACUUCUCCUGACAACUGGAACUUUUCCAGUGUUGUUUUGUUCCCAGACCUUGUAAUUCCCUAUAAAUGUGUGUGGGAGAGCACGAGCUGUGUGCCAGGAUGCUAUGUGACGGUCACUUCCCACAUAAUGGGGCUUUUUCAGAUGGGCCAGAUUUGGCAUCUAUUAGGAAUGAAAAGUCCUGCUGCAGAGCGCAGUGUAAUGGUCUUUACCCGGCAGCACGAGCUCUUAUUAACACAAGUUUUUUAAUAAACGGCUGCAAAUGAAACAGCUCAAGGGGAAGAGGCUUAGCAGGGAAAAAGGGGCUCUGCAUUCCAGCCUGCUCCAGGGGUGUCAUUGCUCAGCACUGAAUUCCUAUCCUGUAUCUCCUUGCUCCAGAGUAAAAAUAUAUACCGUACACUGGCCCAGA